UAUAAACUAAAAAUCCAUAGUCAGGUGACGAAUUCUUGUGACAGUUCUUAUUUUCAGCGAUUUGCGCAAAAUUUAAUCAAAAACACAAAAAAAUGGCCCUCCAAGCUGCUGUUAAAGGAAAACUUAUCAGCGUGAUCGGCGAUGAGGACACUUGUGUAGGCUUUCUACUCGGAGGAAUCGGUGAAAUCAAUAAAAACAGACACCCUAACUUUAUGGUUGUCGAUAAAAACACACCAGUAAGUGAAGUUGAGGAGUGUUUCAAGAGAUUUGUCAAGCGUGAUGACAUAGACAUCAUCCUAAUCAACCAGAAUGUAGCAGAGUUGAUCCGCCAUGUAAUUGACUCUCAUACGUCACCUGUGCCCGCUGUGCUAGAGAUCCCAUCCAAAGACCAUCCCUAUGAUGCCAGCAAGGACUCCAUUCUACGUCGUGCUAAGGGCAUGUUCAACCCAGAUGAUUUGUCAAUGUUUGGUGCUGAUAACUAUGCAACUUAAUUGUACUUCCCUCAAUUAUGUUUUCGUUUAUUAUUUAUUUAUUUAUGUAACUUCUUUAAAUUUAUCUGAUUAUUUAAUAAAACAAUUUGC